AUGGAUGGUAAUGAGUCGAAGGGGAAUCAGAUAGAAAUGGAAGCAAACCCAAAACCCCACGCAAAUACGUUUGGGUCUUAUUUUCAUCUAGAUCCGGACAAAGUGUUAACCGCGUAUGGUAGAUUUGGACGCUAUCAGAUGUUUUCCUAUUUCGUGACUACAAUUGUAAUGCUUUUGUAUUGUAUGAAUAUGAUGGUGAUGCCAUUUAUCACCGAGGAUAUCGAUUUUCAUUGCAAGAUUCCGAAUCCGGACAAUAGGGCUUUGAUAUACACCCAACCCGAUAAAUGUACAAUUCUUGACGGAAAUGGCUGGAAAAUCCGGUGUAAUGACAUUCCGGGCGCCACCUACGAGUACAACACGACAAUUCACGGCUCUUUAACUUCCCAGUUUGACUUGGUUUGUGACGAAUUUGAGUCGACUGAACAUUCAUCAUCAAUUUAUCUAUUUGGCGGGAUGAUAGCUUCCCCAAUCGUUACCCAAAUGUCCGAUAUUUUUGGGAGACGUCGGAUGUUUCUCUGGCCGCUCUACCUAUCUGUCGUUAGCAACCUAGCGGCAGCUUUUGUUCCGAAUUAUACUCUGUUUUUGGUUCUACGAUUUUUCGCUGGCUUUGGGACUAUGGGGUUUGUCUCUACAGCUUUUACGUUGAGCACCGAAUCCGUAUCUACGGCUUUCCGGGAUUUCCUUCCAUUUUUGCCUACACUAAUUUGGGUAAUUGGCUAUAUGAUGGCUGGACUCCUAAAAUUGUGGAUCGAAAACUGGAGGAUGUUGUACUUUGCUGUUUCGGCCCCUGGGAUAUUUUUAAUUCCGCUUACCUGGUUUACCCCGGAGUCUAUUCAUUGGCUAAUCACAAAUCGGAAGCAUUCAGAAGUGAAAAAAUAUAUCAAAACCGCAAGCCGCAUCAACAAGAUCGAGCUUGUACUCGCUGAAUGUAAAGAUGAUAGUCGUCGCGAAACCUUGACUGAAGCUCCAAAACGGACCAUUCUGGAUAUCUUCCGGCACAAAGGGCUGUUGCUUCAGAUGUUUUUGAACGCGCUUGUUUACACAGUGAUGAACGCCACCUAUUGGGGUUUAUCUUUAUUCUCCACCGAUCUUUCUGAGAACAAAAUGACUGGAUUUUUCCUAUCCGGACUGAUCGAGCUACCGGCCGGGCUACUCGGAAUAUUCUUUAUGUACUAUUUUCCGCGACGGUUCGUGAGUUGUGGAGCGUUGAUGAUGCAGGGUGUCGCGCUCGUUUGUGCGGCAUAUUUACCUGGCUCCCCUCAUUUCCUGCUCGUUUUUGCGCUGGCUGCAAAGUUUAUGAAUUGUAUCGCUUGGGGGAUAAAUCCGCUUAUGGUUUCGGAAAUGGCACCGACAACUGUCAGAAACGGUUUUGUCGGAUUAGCAUCUUUUAUUGGUGACGUUGGAUCGGUACUUGCACCAUAUUUAAAAAGAUUGGAAGCAAUCCAUCCCUCGGCACCCAGCCUACUUUUGGCUGCUUCAUCAGUAUUAGCCGGUUUUUGUGUAUUGUUAAUGCCGGAGACUAAAGAUAAAAAGAUGCCGGAUGACCUUGAUAACUUCGACGCGGGGCCGCUACGCAAAUAUUUGGGGUGCUUGAAAGAGGAGAAAAUCCCUCCAGCCACGGGUAAUGGUGAAGUUGCUUUACUAGAAGAACGGCACGACAUGGGCGAAGCCUCAAAGUCAAGGAGUCUCAACUUCACGCUAGAGGAGCUUCUUGGGCUUACACCGGAACCAAAUGAUAAGUCGCCUCGAACUAUACGAGCGGAAAACAGCAACCGACCACCGACACGGCAUGGCCGAGAUUCUGUCGGAAAUUUACUACACGAUGCUCCUGCACGGUAUGAAGAACCGGAAGUUGUCGCCCCAGAGCCGGAGGACGAAGCUUUUGAUACGGAGGAAGAUUUUGUAAGCAAAUUAAACGCGCUUCGACGACGCUCUCUAGUGAGCACCAAACUACCCGGCGACCGCCCUGAUGCAAGACGGCGUCUAGAAAGUAUGCCCGAAUCUCCAACUACCUCUGUGGAUCUCCGUCCCACUUCCAAAUCGUCAAAAUCCGGGUCCACAAAGUCAAACGCAAGCGAGAAUACCUAUAAUAUAUCUGCUGGAAAUGGUCAUUCUCGACCAAAAACAGCUGCUCCGCGACCGGAGUUCACUUCUGUAACGUCAAAAUACCAUCAACCAGGCCCAGAACAGUCCUCAGCAGCUUACGAGAGUUGGAUGCGAAAGAAAAGGGCUGAGAGCCGGAGGAAAAGAGAAGAAGAGCGAAAACGAGAAGAAAGAGCACGAAAAGAAGCCGAAGACAAGAAGAAAAAUGCCGAAAAGGUUUUUGAGAGGUGGAAGCGGACGAAUGAUGAGAGAAUCGCUGAGCAACGACGACAAGAAGAACGAAAACGAAGGAAGGCUCAAGAAAAAGCUGCACAGGUGUUGAAAAUGAAGAAAUCGGAGGCAGAGAAGGCAUACGAUGCUUGGAAGCGGGCUUACGAUGAGAAUCUCGAAAAAAACAAGAGAGGAGCGCAUGUUUCAAAGUUGGCGAAAGAAAGGGCAGAGCAAGAAGACAAAGAUGAACAACGUGCAAAUGCUACAGCAGCUUUUGAGGCUUGGACUGAAGCAAAAGAAGAAGAGGAAAUUGAAGCUAAAAAGAAAGCGCAGGCCUUGAAAGAAGAGGAAAAACGCAAAAACAUAAUUGUUAAAGAAUACAAGGAAAUGCUUGCAAAUCAAUCGUAUGAUGUUUGGCUGCAAAUGAAGGGUGAAGAAUUAGCGUGGUCACGGCUGAACCGAGAUAUGGAAGAUACGCAUUUGUACGAGCGGGUUAUACCCUGGGUUCCGCCUUCAAACACUGUAGCUAGACGUCGUAGCCCAUCUGGACAACCGAGAAGAAGAUCACUAGAACCAAGACAAAGAGCUGCUUCCGCCACGUCGCUACGUGCUCCAUUUGCCGAUCGUCUAGGCCCAAUCCCAAUCCCUCGUCCACCCGUCCGACGUACUCAGUCAGCUCACAAAACUCGCCCAAGUACGGCCUCAAGGAUCAUAAAAUCA